CAGGGCUCGGCGGCGGGGAGCGAGGCAGCGAGAGGCGGCGGUUGCUGCGGCGGCCACAGCUACCCUCCCACAGCUACCCUCCCACAGCUACCCUCCCACCCAGCAUGUCGGGCACCCGGGCGUCCAACGACCGCAGCGGCCACCCCGCAGCUGGCGGGGUGAAGCGGGCGCGCAGCGAGCCGGGCGGUAACAAAGUGACGGUGGUGCUGGGGGCGCAGUGGGGGGACGAAGGCAAGGGCAAGGUGGUUGACCUGCUGGCCACCGAGUCGGACAUUGUGUGCCGGUGCCAGGGUGGGAAUAAUGCAGGUCAUACUGUGGUUGUUGAUGGGAAAGAAUAUGAUUUUCACCUAUUUCCUAGUGGCAUCAUUAAUCCAAAGGCAAUUUCUUUUAUUGGUAAUGGAGUGGUUAUACAUUUACCAGGCCUGUUUGAAGAAGCUGAAAAGAAUGAAAAGAAAGGUUUGAAAGAUUGGGAGAAAAGACUGAUUAUAUCAGACAGAGCACAUAUAGUGUUUGACUUUCACCAGGCAGUAGAUGGGCUCCAGGAAGUGCAACGUCAAGCACAAGAAGGCAAAAAUAUUGGCACAACAAAAAAGGGCAUUGGACCAACAUAUUCUUCCAAAGCUGCACGAACAGGCCUUCGGAUUUGUGACCUCCUCUCUGACUUUGAUGAAUUUUCUUCAAGAUUUAAGAAUCUGGCACAACAGUACAAGUCAAUGUUUCCCACAUUGGAAAUUGAUACAGAAGGACAACUGAAAAAGCUAAAGGGAUAUGCUGAAAAAAUAAGACCCAUGGUUCGAGAUGGUGUGUAUUUUAUGUAUGAAGCUCUUCAUGGCUCCCCAAAGAAGAUCCUUGUUGAAGGAGCCAAUGCAGCAUUACUUGAUAUUGACUUUGGCACGUAUCCCUUUGUGACCUCCUCGAACUGCACCGUGGGCGGUGUGUGCACCGGGCUGGGCAUUCCUCCGCAGCACGUGGGGGAUGUGUACGGCGUGGUGAAGGCUUACACCACCCGCGUGGGCAUCGGUGCCUUCCCCACCGAGCAGAUCAACGAAAUCGGAGAUCUUUUGCAGUCCCGUGGCCACGAAUGGGGUGUAACUACGGGCAGAAAGAGACGCUGUGGCUGGUUAGAUCUUGUCAUUUUGAAAUAUGCUCAUAUGAUCAACGGAUUCACUGCUUUGGCACUGACAAAACUGGAUAUUCUUGAUGUCCUUGAUGAAAUUAAAAUUGGUGUUGCCUACAAAUUGGGUGGAAAAAGAAUUCCUUAUUUUCCAGCUAACCAGGAGAUACUACAGAAGGUGGAAGUAGAGUAUGAAACAAUGCCUGGGUGGAAAACUGACACAACUGGAGCACGAAAAUGGGAGGACCUCCCACCCAAGGCCCAGAAUUACAUCCGCUGCGUGGAAAACCAUGUUGGCGUGCCAGUUAAAUGGGUUGGAGUUGGGAAAUCAAGAGAGUCGAUGAUCCAGCUGUUUUAAACAAAUGAAGAACUUCAGUGAUGAGAAGCACAACUUGGCGUUCAUCAGUUCCUUACCGCUUCCUCUCUAAAUGGAAAUGCUAUUUAAAACAAGCAAAUUCUUCUAGGAAUUAAAUAGAAACACAACAUAUAUUCUGUAUUGUAACAUUUUAUUUAAGUUCUCAGUAAAUUCAAUGUAAAAUCUCCUUGGUGUCUGUCAUCAAAAGUCAAAAAGGUAUUUCUAACAAAAUAGGGAAAUAAUUUUUUUCAAUUAAUCUGUGUUACUAUUUGAAAGUACUUUACACCUAUAUAGUAUUGCUCUUUGAUGAAACCAGUAUUUAUUCCAGGAAUUAUUGGGUAAUGUUAGAAUUGUGAAGCUUGGAUUUUUUCUUCAAAUAUUAAAAUAUCUGUGUAUUUGGGUUGGCAGUACUAGGACAGAUACCAUGCACUGAAAUUGGUUGAAUUAUAAAGAUUUUCAGUUUAUAAAAUAAGCAAAGUUAGGUGGGUAUUUUUGACUGCACAAAGCAAAGCAAACACAAUUAUGUAUAAUUUUUAUAUUAUGUUUUUUGAUAGCCUACUAAAAUGAAUGGAGAGCAGCUAAAAUGUAAAAUGUAUUUAUCACAAAGCCUAUCCUUGUAACUGAGAUAACAUCUGUAAAGGGGCCAAACUGGAGAAAGCUGACUGUGUAAUAAUUCUUUGAACUAUUCUGUGUGCUAACAGGCUGGGGACAGUCAGGUGUGUGGCCUUUCUUUUGUGCAGUAGGAAAAGGAAUGAGGGAAGGUGGAAGGAAGGGAGUUCUCAGGGUGCAAAACAUACGAGGGGAGUGGAGCUGAGACAGCACGCUGCGUUUUCUCCAUGAACCUGGGACAUUUCUUCCUGCUAGUCCUGUGAUUGAAGUUUCCCAAGUUCUGCUGUGCUACUCUGUUGAGGAACUUGGAACUUGUGGCUGUGUGAGGCACUUGCUUCCACAGCUCAUAGGUUUCCAAGAAUAAAUCAAUGCAUGACUCAA